AUGGCUGGCUCCAUGUCAGACUCUGCCUCUCAGGCUGCGCUCAAGCGCAAAAGAACAACUGAUACCGGCGAAGGCAAAUCGGUUCCUUAUACCCAUCUUCGGAACAGCGCACCGCCAUCCACAGCCGAGCAAGCUGCAGUCGACGGCAAUGCAGUGUCAAGCGAAGCACUGACGAGCCAGGGUAAAGCCAAAAGAGCAAAGCCUUCGAAAUCAUUUACACCAGCCCAAACCAACAACAAUGGCACCGACAGCAACGGCGCCAAAACAAGCCAUGCGCCUCGCCACCCCAGAAAAUCAAGAGAUCCUGCCAAAAGAACCCCAUCAGCUCCAUGGCCUGAUGUAUUCAAAGACCUCGCGCGGACGCAUAGUGCCUUAAAUCUCGUGUACACGUUCUGUUGCACGCGGAAGCAUUUCGCCACCACGUUUGAUAAUAUCAAGAGUGCCGUCCAGGCGCAGCUUGGAGGUAAUCGCGAACUGACUGUGGAAGAUAUCGCGAGGAUGAAGGUUCUUGUGCCUAGGGCCGUGAGGUUGGAUUAUGUAGAUGAGGCGAAAUUGGAGGUUAUGGCUGUUGGGGGGAAGGACAUGCUUGAUUAUAAGCUGAAGGGGUUUGAUGAUGGAAGUAUGGGCCAUAACAACUGGAUGGGGACAAGUGAGGGAACAGACCCUGAAGGAAUAAAGGAAGUUCUCUUCUUUGAAUUCCUCGAUGGUGAUUUGAAGCGGGAGAUCCAGCGUUCAAAAAAUACGGACGAGCCUACCAAACCGGCGCGGAAGAAGGCGAUGGAAGAUCUGAGAAUGCCGGUUUACAGCCAGAAACAGAUACUGAAGUUGAUUGAGAAGCGGAAUGCGAAGUUCUCAGAUGCUGUUGAUGCAUUCUUGGUCCAAUGUGAAGAUGAGGGCUUGGAACCAAUGGAACAAUUGGAACGCAAGAAGGAUAUGAUGAUCCCAUCGCCUCCCGAUAGUGGUGUCAAUACUCCCGCAGCUACUUUGGCAUCAAAGCCUCAGUUGCCACGCGAGAUUCCAAAGGAACGAAAGUCCAUCUCAGAAAUCAUCGAAGAGAUUCGGGAACUAGAUUGGUACUCUGCUCAGAUAGUCCCAGAUGGCCACAGAGCCUUCGAUGCUCAGCCAUCUGUCUAUGGUGACUUGUUGUUUCAGCUUACCCAGAACAUGGUCGAUGCCUUAUAUAACACCAAGGGUAUUACGCAGUUCUAUUCCCAUCAGGCGGAGGCAAUUAAUUAUCUGCACCAGGGCCACAAUGUCAUUGUUUCUACGUCCACAAGCUCUGGAAAAUCAUUGAUAUACCAAGUUCCCAUGCUGCAUGAACUUGAGAGAGAUCAUAAUAGCAGAGGAAUGUAUAUCUUUCCUACAAAGGCUUUGGCACAGGACCAAAGACGCAGUUUGAAAGAUUUACUACAGUACAUGGAUGGCCUGCAGGACACGAUUGUGGAAACAUUUGAUGGAGAUACACCCAUGGAAGAUCGCAAUCUGAUUCGCGAGGAGGCACGUAUUAUCUUCACCAAUCCUGAUAUGUUGCAUAUCACGAUCCUGUCGCGGGAGAGUGCGUGGCGCACUUUUUUACAAAACCUCAAAUUCGUCGUAGUUGACGAACUGCAUGUCUACAAUGGCCUUUUUGGCUCGCAUGUUGCGUUCAUCAUUCGGCGACUACGCAGGCUCUGUGCUGCAGUGGGUAACCACCAUGUCAAAUUCAUCUCUUGUUCGGCUACUGUAGCGAACCCCGAAGAACACAUGAAGGCCGUUUUUGGCAUUGAUGAUGUCAAAUUGGUGGAUUUUGAUGGAUCUCCUUCUGGCCGAAAGGAAUUUAUAUGUUGGAAUACGCCUUUCAAGGAUCCAGGAGAUCCGACGUCAGGACGUGGGGAUUGCGUUGUAGAGACUGCAAGGCUCUUCUGCCAACUGAUCGCGCGAGGCGUCAGGGUUAUCGCCUUUUGUCGGAUAAGGAAAAUGUGCGAGAUCCUCCUCCAAGCUGUGAGGAACGAAUUUCACAAUCUCGAGCGCCCCGAAAUUGGUAAACUGGUAAUGGGAUAUCGAGGUGGCUACAGCCCGCAAGACCGGAGGAGAAUUGAGAAAGAAAUGUUUGAGGGCCAGUUGAUGGGAAUCGUUGCGACAAACGCCCUCGAACUGGGCGUUGACAUUGGCUCUCUCGAUGCCGUUAUCACCCUUGGCUUCCCAUACUCAAUUUCCAACCUGCGCCAGCAAAGUGGUCGAGCCGGACGCAGAAACAAAGAUUCACUCUCCGUGCUAGUUGGCGACAGAUAUCCAACGGACCAGUACUACAUGAAGAAUCCCAACGAACUAUUCACAAAACCAAACUGCGAGUUGCAGAUCGAUCUUGCAAAUGAGCUUAUCCUGGAAGGACAUGUGCAAUGCGCGGCGUUCGAGAUGCCUAUCAAACCCGAUCAGGACAGCGUCUACUUUGGCGAAAAAUUGCCAGCAUUGGCAGCUACCAGACUUGUCAAGGAUGAAUUCGGGUUCUACCAUUGCCAUGAGCGGUUCAGACCCCAACCCUCCCGGUGCAUCUCUAUCCGAGACACGGAGGACCAGCACUUUGCCGUCAUCGACACGACGCACGCGAGGAACGUGGUUCUGGAGGAAGUCGAGGCGUCACGGACGUUCUUUACGAUUUACGAAGGUGGCAUCUUCCUACAUCAAGGUCAAACGUACCUGGUCCAAGAACUCAACACAGACAGACGGUUUGCUCGCGUCGUCCGCGUCCAUGUGGAUUGGACCACGAUGCAGCGGGAUUACACCGACAUCGACCCAAUCGAGACAGAAGCAAUGCGCAUAAUUAGCGACAAAACCUCGUCAUCCUCAUCCUCAUCAUCACCUCCACGCGUAUACUACGGUUCUGUCCAAAUUCACGCCGUCGUAUACGGCUUCUUCAAAAUCGACAAACGCGGCCGCAUUCUUGACGCAGUAGCGGUGGAUAACCCACCCAUCGACAUCUUCACCAAAGGCAUCUGGCUCGACGUACCCAAACGGGCCCUUGAGAUCCUCGACUCCAGACGUCUAAAUAUCGCUGCUGCGAUCCACGCCGCCGAACAUGCCGUGCUCUCUUUACUCCCUACAUUCGUUAUCUCGUCUCCAGGCGACGUCCGUACAGAAUGCAAAGUAGCCAAGAAGGAGUUGGGGAAGAACCUCAAACUCGCCAAUGAGAUACCUACUGGAAGUGCCAAUACCAACGCUUAUCAACCACGAACCCAGAAAACCAGGGAUCUCCAGCCACCCUCUCGCAAACGUCCCGCUCGUCUUACCUUCUAUGACGCGAAAGGUGGUUCCUGCGGUUCUGGGAUAGCUGGUAAAGCCCUCGAAUUCAUCGACGUUCUCCUCCGCCGCGCCAUAUCCCGCAUUGAAACGUGUCAUUGUAUCACGCCUCAGGGGUGUAUCGAGUGCGUCUGCGAUGAGCGCUGCAAGGAGAUGAACGUGGUGAUGAGUAAGGCUGGAGCUGGUGUUGUACUGAGGUGUCUGUUGGGUCUGGAGGUUGAUGUUGAUGCCUUACCUUGGGGAGAGGAAUACUUUGAAGACGAAGGCAUUGAUGGUGGUAGUAGUGGUGCUGGCGGAGAAUUGGCGGGUGGUUUGGAGACGGUUGUUGAGGCGCAGGAGGUUCCGUGGAAGAGGGGCUGUUCGCCUUCAUUGUGA